CUGCGGGCUCCUGGGGCUCCUGCGGUCGGCUGGUCACAGCGGUCCCGUGACUUCCGCACUUCCCUAAAUGGGCAGCUUCACUUUGAGAAGCCCAGGUUCUCCCCUGGCUGACCCCAGGGGUCCAUCCUGCACCGGCCGGGGGCCCUAACCUUGGGCCCCAGGUGUCGGCCCCUCUGGCCUGUGACUGUCUGCAGCUGGAUGGAGCCAUGGCUCCCACGCUGCUCCUGCUGCUGCUCCUGCUGUGGCUCCAGGGCUGCGUCUCAGGUGUCCCCGCCGAGAGCGUGUACUCCAAAGUGCAGCAUUUUGAAGGGGAGACUCUGUCUGUGCAGUGCUCCUACAAGAACCGCAAAAAACAUGUGGAAGGCAAGGUUUGGUGCAAAAUCAGGAGGAAGAAGUGUGAGCCUGGUUUUACCCGGGUCUGGGCGCCGGGGCCGCGCUACCUGCUACAGGACGAUGCCCAGGCCAAGGUGGUCAACAUCACCAUGGUGGCCCUCAGGCGCCAGGACUCGGGCCGGUACUGGUGCAUGCGCAACAGCUCCGGGAUCCUCUACCCUCUGAUGGGCUUCCAGCUGGAAGUGUCUCCAGUCCCCACAGCCGAGAGAAGCACUCCUCUCACCCAGCUGGCCGACAUCCUCAAGAGUGGCGUUGUGGUCACAACGGGCCAUGCCCCGACCUCAGGCCCGGAGGCCCCCUUCACCACCAGCGUGACGAUGCUCACAACCGGAGUCCUCACCCUGGCCAGACUCGUGCCCUCCCCGGCCUCGGGGACCAUCAGGCUGAGUUCCGUGACAGGCUACAGCUUCACCAGCCCCUCCACCGCUGGGCCCACGAGGAACAAGGCCCAGACGGUGACCGUGUCUCCCAGCAAUGCCAGAGCCGCCUCUGCGGCCCCCACAUCCGUCUCCACCGAGGCCUGGCCGCUGCGCACCACAUCGCCCACCAUGAGAACCUGCCGCACCAGCAGGUCGCUCCUCAACAAAUUAUCGCCCAUCAGGCCCCGGGAUGCUAACCCCACUGUGCUGGCGGGGGUGCUGUCCUUGCUCUCGGUGCCUGUGAUGAUGAUCGCGGUCUAUGGCUUCUGGAAGAAGAGACACGUGGGCAGCUACAGCAUCUGCAGGAGCCCUGCUAGGCCCUGGAGGGACCCCCCUGGAAGGCUGGAGCCUCCGUGGAAGCCUGCGUGGUUUAAGGCCACUUACGGAGUCGGGGAGCUCUUCCCCGAGGGAGCCCAGGAGGUCACAGAAGUGAAGAUGGGGACCUGUCUGGAUUGGAGCCAGGUUGGGGGGUGAGGAUUUGUGCACGAAUGGGCUCAGACCUCCUAACCCGAGGCUGCUCCUCACCCGCCCAGUCCCUGGCUGCCAGGAGCCUGGGGAGAGGCCCCCAAGAGGGUACUUCACAGGAAGCCAGGAAGCCCCUGACGGAAUCUGCUCAGAGUCCGGCCCCAGCUGCCUGGUGCUGUUUACAGACAAAGCCUCAGCACCCACGGCCUCUGGACCCCUGCUGUCCAGCAGAGGGGAGCGGGGCGAGAUGGACAACAGACCUCUCCCCACCGGGACCCUGUGUCCUCAGCUGCCUUCUGCUCCCCUCCAGCUUCCCCAUGAACUUGGGGAAGAAAGUCACAGAGGCAGUGGGGUCCCAGCGGCCCCCCUGGAGGAGGAGGAGAAAGUGACUAAGAGCUGAGGGUCCCAGAGGCAUGGCAGCAGGGGCCCCAGAGCUGUCCAGCCCGGCCCUCCGGCCAUGUACCCUCCGACUGACCUCCCAUGUGUGCUGGCCAGGCUGCUGGUCCUUCAAGUCCUGGGAGCCAGCAGACCCCACCCUCUCACCGCUGCCACCUGCUGGCCAGCCCCUCCUGGGACAGGUGUGAAGGGCAGCUGAGAGCCCCCCUCAGCAGCAGGACCAGCCUGACCCCAGACUGGGGUGCAGAGGCUGAAGUCAAGACUGUCUCCCCAAUCCCACCUGGGCUCCAGGUCUGAGCUCUGAAGGCCCUUCAGAGUCCCCUGAAGGGGGGCCACAGCUCAGUGAGGGGGGAUUGCCACCCCCAACACCCUCCCUCCCAGGGUGUCCUCCCCUGGGGAGAGAGGAGCCACUGUGACACAGGGAGACAGAUCAGAGCUCCCACAGCACAGGACUGCCUGGUGGGGGUGGGCGGGGCCAAUGGGGCAGAUGCAGCCCAGGAGCUGCAAGAGGGGCUGGCUGGCAGUUGGCAGCCAGCAAGUGCCCCUGCCUCACAGGCUCCUGGCUCUGACCUGGCCCCUCCUGCAGGGAAGGCUGGAGAAUCCGGCUGCAUUUGUCCCCUGAAGAGGGGUCUGCAGCCUGGACGGGCUGGGGAACACGUGGGUCUAGAUGCGGCAUCUCUACUCGGCCCUGCGACAGGGACCUCCCAGGAGGGAGAGCAAAGGUCAUGGUCAGGAGACCAACACAGCCAGGGCCUUAGUGGGGCCACUCCAAGAUGGAUAUGAGGAGAGAAGGGAACUGGGGUAAUCCUAUGGACCAUAGGGAGGAGGCACCUCUUCUCUGUGUCCAGGAGAGGGCGCCAGAGGGGAGACUCAAGUUGAACUGGCUGGCCUGGUGCUCACACACACACACACACACACACACACACACACACACACACUGACAUCUGUCCUCCCCACCAGGAAGGUGUGGCUGCCACCUGCUAUGCAACUUGGAGGGAGUUGAACUCACCUGGGGAAAACGGGUCCCCCGCAGCUCCCCUCCAUGGAGGCCUGACAGCAGCCAGACUGCCCUGUCUCCUUGGAGGGCAGGCUGUCCCGGGGAGAGCGCUGCACAGGGCUCAGGAGCGGGACCAGGGACCUGGGCUGCCACCUGUCCCGUGUGACCCUGUGCAGGUCACUAACCCUCCCGGGCCUCAGUUUUCCUCUCCUGUGAAGGGGACACUCAUUCCUAC